GCCAGACUCUCACUGCUCCUCCGUCCAAAUGAUGGGAUCCUAUCUCAAGUGUUGACUGACGGUCGGACUCCAAAUGUGGAUCUAAAUUCUUUGUUUUUUCCAGUGGAAAGUUGGGUUUGGUUUGCUCGUCGAGCUGUGCAGCUCUCACCCAGGACCAAGGUUCUGCUGUUGGAGUCCCGUGUGUCCCAGAAAGCCUCGCUGAUGGUAGACAUCUGAACCGGGAUGGAGCCUGUUAAGAGAGACAUGGAGCUGCUCAGCAACAGCAUGGCGACCUACGCCCACAUCAAAGCCAAUCCAGAGACCUUCGCCCUCUACUUCAUGAUGGGCGUGUGCCUCGGCCUGCUCAUGGCGCUGUGCCUCCUGGUGGCCGGCAUCGCCUGCAGGACGCGCCGCCACAGCAGACCUCCCCCAUCCCCCGAGAGGAGACGUCUCAAGGAGUCCAGCGGGGAAGAGGACGACGAGGAGGACGAGGAGGACGAGGGCGUCGCGGAGGAGGAUGGGGAGGAGACAGUUCUCCCUCAAGUGACAGUGGGGCCCGUGAGCGCUCGCAGCAGCCCGUCCAACGGGACUCUGAGGAGCGUGAACGUGUUUGCGUCGGCCGAGGAGCUGGAGAAGGCGCGGCGUCUGGAGGAGAGGGAGCGGAUCGUCAGGGAGAUCUGGAGGAACGGACAGCCGGACAUCCUGGCCACGGGCACGGGGACUAUCGGACGAGUGCACUACCACUAGCGGACACUUUGACUGAGCCCCAAAGAGCCACCAAUGCGGACUGCACCGAGCACUACACUGCGGGUUCACCAAAGCCCCCCCGGGGGCAGUCGAGUUUGAACCCUGCUCUUGAUUCACAGUGUUAACUGAUUCCAGCUCGUUUUUAAUCAUGUGCCGUCAAUAUCAACCUCAAGCUCUUAACUGAACUCCUAAUGUGCAUUAAUUAAUAAAACAGUGAUACAGCGACAUAACUGGGUUCCUCUGCAUAUGGCAAAAUGGAGGAACAGGGAAAUGAAAUACAAAUGUAUGGCACAAAAGAAAAGGAAAAAAGACACGCCUCCUUUUAUGACCCCAUUUUCUUCCCUAUUAAUUUUCGUACAAUUCCUAAAUAAAUAAGGUCGUUAUUAAAUAAGUACUCAUAUGAAUUAUUAUAUGAUUAAAUGCAAUAUAUUUUUUUUAAAACUCGGUUUGAUUAUGAAAUGUUAUUUGAUCUCAAUUGUCCAAUUUGUCCUGAUUCAAAGUAGUAUCAGUCUUUAGGGGGAAAUACAACUAUUAAAUAAAAAUAAGCUAUUAAUAAACUCUCAGGCGGAUAAAAUAACUUGACAAGUGAGUUUAAAAGAAUAUGAAUUAAUCCACUUAUAUUAUACAUUUUGUCUGCAUUUGCUCAUAUGAUUUUUCUGAAUUUUACUCACGGCUUCAAUAUUAAACAUGUUUGGUCUCUAUAGAUUUUCUAUCACAUUGAGAUAAGGCAGCUUUUGAAGCAUAAUUUGUCAUCUGUAUUCAUCUCUAUUUGACCAAAUCUCUGCAAUGUGAACAAUUAAAAGUUUAACCACUUUUCUGAAUCAAAAACAGGAUUUAACAAAUGUCCAUUUUCAGUGGCGGCUGGUGGAAUUUGUU